GAGUUUUUAUCGGUCGAUGAUUGGUGAUAAAAUAAAAAUAUGUAAAACUGAAAAAAGGAUUAUGCGGAAUGCGUGAUUUGUGAUGAGAAUGUUGCAUGUUUCGGCACAAAGUCAGACGAGAUGGCAUAAACAUUGAGCGAGUUCUUGUUUCAGUGACAAAACAUACUAUUUAAAAAGGGAAACGGCGUGGGAUUUAUAUGCAUUUUUUUCUGUGAUUUAAUAAAGAUCAGCUGCAAAUAAGAUGUUUUGCUGCGGAGGAUCUAAAUGCCUCGAUAACGAGGAAAUUAAAAGUCAGGACAAAGAAUUAAAGAGCCAUAAACAACAGAAUCAGCAAAUUUAUAUUCAACGAAAUGGUCUGCAGACUGGAAAGGGCAAUGGAAAACUGAACCCAAACUUAAUCCAUAACGUGUACGAAGGAAACGCUAAAGUGAUAAAGCCGGAUGUUAGACAUGUGACAAAUGUUCGCAAGGAUAUUUAUAUAAAACUAGACAGUCAACUUAGAAAUAUUGGAAGUUCUAAAACAAUGGGAUACCAAGGCGGAAAUUACCAACUUGUUCAAGUGCCGAAAUCGCACUCAGCAGCCGUUAGACACACAAUAAAACGUGCUCCGAUAUCUAACCUAAACCCAGCUGCUAUUGUGCGUAUUGAUACACGUUCUGCAGAGCCGGUAAAAGACAGCAUGAAGCUGAGUACAGAAUUUAAAAUAUCUAGUGAAAACAACAGAACAAGCACGCCGUUCGGAAUGAUACAGGAUGACAUUAAAGUGACAGACGAUGACGCGAUAGCUAUAUUUGGCAACAAGGAAACCAACUCCCUCACAGACGAACAAAACAAUGCGUUAGAACAAUUAGAAAACACGAUAAAUAACUAUCAAAUUGACGACGACCAGACGCCAAUGAUAAUUGCCGACGUUCUUCCUGACGGGGUUUUUGAGGGUUUUACAUCAGGAACAAUGUCACCACCAGAAUCAUCUGAAGAUGAACCAUGUUCUAGGUCGUCAAGUUUAUCCACUAACUCUAGAACCGGUAUCAUUUCACAGAGGCAUCUCAGUGUGGGCAAUAAAAAGAAUAGGAAUUCAGUGUCAUUCAAACUUCCGGUAGAUCACGUGGACAAACCUUACGCACCAAUGCAAACAAGUGCUAAGGUAAAACAGACGUCUGUGUAUGUGCCGCCGUCUGCUACAGAAGAAAAGAAACAACCAGCAACAAUAUGUAUAGCCGGAAGUGCAUGUAAUAUGAACAUAUGGCACAGCGGAAAUACAGUUUAUGUAGAAAAUAAACACAAGCGGCGCAUGUCCGGUCCAUUUAAAGGGUCUUUUAGAUCAGUGUUUUACGGGAAAUAUAGUAACGCGGACUUGUCUGGCUACAAGGAGUCAAGCACUUAUCUUACACCUAAAAUAAUGGAGAAAGUUACAUCUUUUGAAAGCCUAGCAGACGACGCAGAAGCGCCAAAAUCUCAUGGCAACGCCACAGUUGUAAGACGAAAUACAAUUCGAUAGUGAGUUGUAAACAUUCAAGUUUUGAAAUGCUUUUGUGUUCAAAUCCUAGACUAAAGUAUUUCCAAGGCACUUAAAAAUUAUGCAUUUUGGACGAUAGUUUUCAUAAAUCAUGUUCUUCUUACUCCCAUAAUAUUAAGAGUACGAUCAUAAGCUUCACGUUGAAGACGAGUGAGGAACGCGAGUGUUAAAAUAGGGGUUUAUGUCAAAUGGCAAUUUUCGCAUGACUUUUUCAAAGCAAUUUCUGUGCAGUUUGUUAAGAUCGUAACUCAACAGGGUAAUAGCUCCAGUUAUUUCAUGACCUCUUCCAUUACACGCCGAAACAAUAAGUUAUUGAAAUUUAUUUCUGGUGUGAAAUAAAUCAUUCGUUACUGAUCUUUUUUAUUUACCAUUUAUCAAAUGGCUUUACCUUCAGACCUCGGACAAGUUUUUACUAUAGCCAGUACUAAAUGAUCAGUCUAUAUUCAACACUGUAAUUAGCUGAGCUAAAGUCAAAACUUAAAGAAAAGAAACACGAAGAAUUGUCCCUGAUGUCAUGUGAUAAAACACUUGCUGAAUGGCAUGCUGGUCAAAAUAAAAAAAAAAACUAUUGCCGACAAACCAUUGAAAAAGUGCAAAAUAUUCAAUGUCGAAACACAGGCGCAAGUAGGCUGACUAAAUAGGCAUUUUAAUUGCCAUUCGAAAGCGCUUCUUAUUUCGAAAACGCAGUUGUAAAUUCCACUUAAUUGUUGUUUUACUCAAUACCAACGCUUUAGAAACAAAUAGCCGAAAUUCUUGCCAAAUAUAAAAUGCAAAAAUAUGACUUCAUGUUACCACAAGAAGUGAGAUCAGUCAAAAAUUUCACAGAAAAUGUGGUAUAUGAUAAUGUGAAGAAUAUGAAAAUAAUCUUCGCAAGAGUGAAUAAUAUGAUAAUUUUUUUCACAGAAUGUGAAAAAUGUGAUUUGUGAAAGAUAUUGUUACACAUUGAUAAAUAACGUUAUGUGCUGGUUAAGCUUUCUUUUGUAUUUUGUCUUUUUUUUUUGUAUCGAAUAAUAAUUUAGUCGCACCAUAAGAAAACCAAAUAGUGCAUUUGCGAACAGCAUGGAUCCAGACCAACUUGCGCAUCCGCGCAGUCUGGUCAGGAUCCAUACUGUUUGCUUUCAAACCCUAUUGCAAUUAGAGAAACCGUUAGCGAAACUGUGGAUCCUGGUCUGGAUCCAUGCUGGUUGCAAAUGCACUAUGUUGGUUUUCCCAUGGUGCGGCUCAAUAUGUCGGCAGCAACACUUGAACUACCCGCAUGUAUUUAUUUCUACAACACAUUGUCAAGGUUUUAGCAGAAAUGUUAAAGUAUGAUAUUCGAAUCACACGACGUAUAAAUUUAUAUGAGGAUUUGCCACACAGGUGCUGUAAAGUGAAAUACAGUUAGAUAUGACACAUAUGUAUAUGUAUAUUUUGUAAUACGUAUUCAAACAUAUUAUUAAUGAGCGUAAGUGAUUUUUAUGAUGAACAUGUACAAUGAAUAACUGUGAUACUUUCAAACUUACAUUUGUAAAUACUUUGUAAAUAUUGUAAACUGCUUUCAAGUGUGAUGCUGUUUUAGUGUAUUGUAUCAUUGUGUGCCAUGUGUUCAACAGUUGUAUCUGAACUUUCAAUAUUUCGAAUUAUUUCACGACACAAUAUUAUAAAAAUCGCCGGUCCAUAAAUUGUGCUAGACCAGUCAGUACACCACAGCAAAGAAGUAUAAAUUACAAAUCGGCAACUUGAAAGGAUCUCGCCAACAUCCCGCGGCUGCAAACGAGAUUUCGUUACCGGAAGUUCUCUUCGUGCCAUUUUGUAUGCGAAAGAUAUGACACUUUCAGUUAUUAUUAUCACCGUAUGACCAUGCUUUUUUUAAAGUAAGAAACGUGUAUUUUGUGCUUAAGACUAUUUCAUAUUAAACAAAUGUUGUUUUAGAAGCUAACAUGUAUUUUACAUGUAGUCUUAAAGGUAUAAAUUACAACUCCAUGCUCGCUUCACUAAGAUAACGCCGAAUCACGCAGGGACGCGAGAUCGCGCGAGAUUACAGCCAUUUACCAUUCUGUGUAUUUUAUACUUCUUUGGUUUAAUGUAGAACAGUGAGAAAAAGUUACUUUAAAAUUUAUUUCACAUGUAGUGUUAUAAAACAUGUAUUAAAUGGCCGAUCAGCCAGUAGUCAAAACUAUUUACCCGAUGUCCGAAUCUUUAUUAUUCUGGUUUUUGUUUCGUAAUACAAUUAUACACAAUGAUUCUGAGAAAAUUGUCCGCUGCUAUAUAUAUACUUAACCAACAGGCUAUAUAGUGACUCCUCCAGAUGUGCGUCUGGCCAUGCCACCAAAGUACAUGCAUAAGGUUGUUAAAAAAAAUAUUGUACUGAUAUGACCUCAUAUGAUAUGAAUUACACUAUUAAUAACUUAACCCAUGUCAAUAAAAUCUUGCUAUUCUAACCAAACUGUUUCCUACCUAACUAUAGCUGUCACACGGAGCGCACGAUACACGCAAACGAAAUCUAAGAUAAUGAACGAUUCGCUCCCCGCACGAUAGGUUUAGUCCGAUACACGAUACAUGCAUCUUUGUCUUGUUUGGCUUUAGUGCCGUUUUUCAACAGUAUUUCAGUUAUAUAACGGCGGGCAGUU